GACGACAUGCAGUCCGAAUUCUUAUAUGAUACGGCAAGAAGAUGGUUCUUCCUCAUACCUCCCAUCUUUGGUCCACUUCAAUUUUUCAUCGAUGCCCCGUUCGGAAGGUUCGCUCCAUCCAAUGACAGCAUCCUCGUUUUGGAUGGAAUCAAGUCCUGGAUUAUUAUGGAGUUAUUCUCUCCCAUUAGCUUCAUCACCGUACUAUAUCGCGGGCCCUGGGCGGCAUCAUUGUCUGCGAUGUCCGCCCCCCAGGUCAUCCUCACUAGCCUGUUCAUUAUCCAUUACCUGAACCGUGCAGUAAUUUCCCCUCUGCGAACACCAUCUCGCUCGAAGUCGCACAUCGCUAUGCCCCUCUUCGCUAUUAUAUUCAACAUUGUGAAUGGUGCUCUGAUGGGUACCUACCUUGCAUCUCCCACUGCAUCUGCAUUUCUGGCGGGGGCCUUCUCUCGCCCAUCCUUCUGGGCUGGAACAAUACUCUGGGCGUUUGGCUUUAUGGGAAACAUUUUACACGAUGAAGUACUUCUCAAUAUCCGCCGUAAAUCUAAAGCGAAAGGCAAACGCAACGAGAACAAACUCGGAAAGGAACACUAUGCCAUCCCCCAUGGCUACCUCUACCGAUAUAUCUCAUAUCCAAACUACUUCUGCGAGUGGUUAGAAUGGUUUGGCUAUGCAUUAGCCGCUGCACCAUUGCCUGCUUUCAUAUCGCUUACAGAAACGAUGAGAACAGUCCAGCCCCCUUGGUUGUUCUUCUGGGCAGAAGUUUGGUUCAUGAUUUCUCGGGCAUACAGGGGCCAUCAAUGGUAUCACAAGAAUUUCCCUGAGUACCCCAAGGAGAGGAAAGCUGUUGUGCCGUUUAUCUUUUAGGCUGCCGGGUGUAACACAGGGGUUCCAAGGACAGCUAUCAAUGUUACAAGUUCUCAUAUCAUGAUAAUCCUGUUUCACUACCAACUUUCCAUGAUGCUACUAGUACUCAUAUGAGUGUGCAAUCUAUCAUUCAAUCGUUUCAUCACAUCAAACAAAAACAAUAAAACA